CCCCCCGUUCACCCUCACCAUCUCCUCAUCCUUUGAGGCUCAUCGCUAAAGAGUACAUUUUUAUUGAUUAAUCUCCUUCGAUGCCACACUGGCAAAGAAAUAAGGGACAGAGAAGAGCCCCUGAGCUCCCAUGUUCAAGCCCCCGUUUCCCUGGCCACGAGGAGGAUAUUUCCAUUGAGGAAAUUCACAUUUUCAUCGAUCGCUGGGGAAGAAGCUGACUCUGGAAUUCUCAUUUUAAAAAUGUUGAUUUGAUUUUCUGUGCUUUUUUGGAGGGGUGAGAUGCCUGGAAUUGUUCAGCUUCCAUCUCCUACUCCAUGGCUUUUGUGAAUACGCUCUCCUCCUCCCCGCCAAGGCAGUUCUUCUCCAGCUGAUCCCAUACCACCUUCUACUUGUUUCUAUGCUUACCAUAUCCAAAUCUGUGCAAGACCUAUUGCUUCCCAUUAGUCUGUACAUUUAUAGGAACCUGGACUUUUGUGCCUUUGUUUCUUUUAGUACUAACACAGGGUCUUAUAUGCACUCAAUAAAGGCUUGAAAGAAAUAAGAUUUUUCCCAAAUAACCUCAUUAAUUGCUGAACUAACAUGAGAGAUGAAGUUGUAGUUUAGUGGGAAAAGUGCUAGACCUGGAAUCAGAUCAAGUCCCAGAACCAGCGUUCACUGUCUGUUAGCCUUGGCCAAGACCCUUGAUCUUUUUGAGCCUCAGUUGUCCUCAUCUGUAGAAUGGGGACAAUAAUAUUUUCCCUGCCUGUUUUCACUGGGUUGCAAAAAGAAAAGCAUUUUGUGAAUUGUGAAUGACUAUGGAAAUGCGUGUGAUGGAAGGCAUGCUGGAUUUGGAAUCAGAGGAUGCAAGUUGAAAUCCUUAUUCUCCCCCCAACCCCCAGCCAUUCCUCUGGUCAAAUAGCCUCUAGGAAAAGGAGAAAAACUGGACCCCAAAUGGAACAUGGGUGAUGGUCAUUAUUAACUUGAAGGGGAGGGAAGAAUGAUGCGUACAAGAAGGACGUCAUGGAAAUUGCUCAGAAUGGUCGCCAUUUGUUGAACAUGUUUCCCCACCAACAGAUGGGAAAAGCCAAUUCCAGGCAGGGCCAACCUAGGGAUAAGGAAGAUUAAGAAAAGGUGAGGUUUCGCACAUUCUCCUGUUGUCUUUUGAAUGAAGCAUAAAUACCAUGAAAUUACUGAGCAUCAUUUUUAUUACUUGGAGUUUUAAAACUGACGAAUGUGCUUUGAACUCAGAAGAUUUGUGCUGGGAAUCAUUUUAAUUCACUUUGUCAUUUUGCAUGAAAGCAGUAAACAUCUUUCUUUUUCCAUCCCAAGUGAUUAUAGGGAAUAACAUAGGUGUGAAUCUUGUGAAUUCUUUCUGAAUGGAAAAUUCUUAAAUAUGGCCCAGUCUAAAACUGAAGAGGAAUAGCAUUAAAAAAAAGGUGUUUCUGAAAAGUCAGCUUAAGUUUUCUUUGAAUUAAAUAAAUGAGGAGAAUUCACAGAGGGUGUUGGAGGAGAUCAGCUUCCCCUAUUGGUUGGGGAGAUUGAAGUUUUAAAAAAAUAUUUAUAUAUUUAUUCAAGGCACUAAUAAAUAGAUUUGGGUCACUAAACUCUAACUGUAUUCUCUGCAAGUCUGAGUUUUACUCUCUCCCUUAUUUGUUGGGUUUUUGGGGGGUUUGUUUAUUUGUUGUUUAUUUAGAAUAUUUUUCCAUGGUUAUAUAAUUUAUGAUUUUCCCCAUCCCUCUUCCUCCCCUACCCCCAGGGCUGUCAAGCAAUUCCACUGGAUUAUACAUGUAUUACUGUUCAAAACUAUUUCUACAUUAUAUCUGUAAUCAAGUGAACUUUUAGCAUCAAAACCCUAAUAAUAUCCCCGUCAAAUCAUGUGAUCGAUCAUAUGUUUUUCUUCUGCAUUUCUACUCCCACAGUUCUUUCUCUGGAUGUAGAUAACGUUCUUUCUCAUAAACUCCCCUGAAUUGUUCUGGGUCAUUGCAUUGCUGCUAGUAGAGAAGUCCAUUACAUUCAAUUGUGCCACAGUAUAUCAGUCUCGGUGUACAUUGUUCUCUUGGUUCUGCUCCUUUUACUCUGUAUCCAUUCCUGGAGGUCUUUCCAAUUCACAUGGAAUUCCUCCAUUUCAUUAUUCCUUUCAGCACAAUAGUAUUCCAUCACCAACAGAUACCACAGUUUGUUCAGCCUUUCCCCAAUCGAAGGGCAUCCUCUCGUUUUCCAAUUUUGUUUGCCACCACAAAGAGCGUGGCUAUAAAUGUUUUUGUGAAAGUAUUUUUCCUUAUUAUCUUUUUGGGGUACAAACCCAGCAAAGGUAUGGCUGGAUCAAAGGGUAGGCAUUCUUUUCAAACCCUUUGGGCAUAAUUCCAAAUUGCCCUCCAGAAUGAUUGGACCAAUUCACAACUCCACCAGCAGUGUAUUAGUGUCCCACUUUUGCCACAUCCCCUCCAACAUUUAUUACUUUCCUUUGCUGCCAUAUUGGCCAGUUGACUAGGUGUAAGGCCGUACAUCAGAGUUGUUUUGAUUUGCAUUUCUCAAAUCAGGAGAGAUUUAGAACACUUUUUCAUGUGAUUAUUGAUAAUUUUUGUUUCUUCUUCUGAAAACUGCCUAUUCAUAUCCCCAUUUGUCAAUUGGGGAAUGACUUGAUUUUUUUUGUACUGACUUAGUUCCUUAUAUAUUUGGGAAAUUAAACCUUUGUCACAGAGUUUUGUUAUAAAAAUGUUCUCCAGGUUUUUUGCUUUUUUUCUUAUUUUGGUUGUAUUGGUUUUGUUUGUACAAAAUCUUUUUAAUUUGAUAUAAUCAGAGUCAUUCAUUUUAUAUUUUUAAAUGUUCUCUAUCUCUUCCUUGGUCUUAAAUUCUUUCCUUUCCCACAGAUCUGACUGGUAUACUAUUCUAUGUUCACCUAAUUCAUUUAUGAUUUCACUCUUUAUAUUUAAGUCCUUUACCUAUUUUUGGAUUUGCCUUGAUAUAGGGUAUAAUAUGUUGAGCUAAACCUAAUUUUUCCCAUAAUGGUUUCCAAUUUUCCCAGCAGUUUUUGUCAAAUAGCAAGGUCUUGUCUCAAAACUGGGAUCUUUGGGUUUAUCAAACACUAGCUUGCUGAAGUCAUUUACUCCUAGUCUAUUCCAUUGAUCCACCUUUUUGUCUCUUAGCCAGUUCCAUAUUGUUUUGAUGAUCACUGCUUUAGAGUACAGUUUAAGAUCUGGUACUGCUAUGUCCCUAUCCUUCACUUUUUUUUCAUUAUUUCCCUUGAUAUUCUUGAUCUUUUGCUCUUCCAGAUGAACUUUGUAAUAAUUUUUUCUAAUUCUAUAAAAAAGUUUUUUGGUAGUUGGGUAGGUCUGGCACGGAAUAAGUAGAUUAAUUUGAGUAGGAUUAUCAUUUUUAUUAUAUUAGUUCAUCCUCAGAAACAAUGUCUUCCCAAUUAUUUAAAUCCAGUUUUAUUUGUGUGAAAAGUGUUUUGUAGUUGUGUUCAUAUAACUCCUGUGUUUGUCUUGGCAGAUAGGUUCCUAAAUAUUUUAUAUUGUCUAGAGUGAUUUUAAAUGGAGUUUCUCUUUCCAGCUCCUGCUGCUGAAUAUUGUUGAAAAUAUAUAGAAGAGUUGUUGAUUUAUAUAGUUUUAUUUUGUACCUUGCAACCUUGCUAAAGUUGUUAAUUAUUUCCACUAGCCUUUUAGUUAAUUUUCUAGGAUUAUUUAAGUAGACCAUAAUAUCAUCUGCAAAGAGUGAUAGUUUAGUUUCCUCAUUGUCUACUUUAAUCCCUUCAAUUUCUUUUUCUUCUAUAAUUGCUACCUCUAGCUUUUCUAGCACAAUAUUAAAUAAUGAAGGUGAUAAUGGGUAUCCUUGUUUCACUCCUGAUCUUAUUGGGAAGGCUUCUAACUUGUCCUCAUUGCAAAUGAUACUUGCCAGUGGUUUUAAAUAUAUACUGUUUAUUAUUUUUAGGAAAGGCUCAGCUAUUUCUCUACUUUCUAAUGUUUUCAAUAGGAAUGGGUGUUGUAUUUUGUUAAAGUCUUUUUCUGCAUCUAUUGAAAUAAUCAUGUGAUUCCUAUUGGUUUGAAUAUUGAUAUGGUCAAUUAUGUGAAUAUUUUUAAAAUAUUAAACCAUCCUUGAAUUCUUGGUAUAAAUUCUACCUCGUCAAAGUGAAUAAUUCUUGUGAUAACUUGCUGUAGUCUCUUUGCUAGUAUUUUAUUUAAGAUUUUUGCAUCUAUGUUCUUUUGAGAGACUGGUCUGUAGUUUUCUUUCUGUCUUUGAUCUGCCUGACUUUGGAAUCAGUGCCAUAUUUGUGUCAUAAAAAGAAUUUAGUAAGACUCCUUCUUUGCUUAUUUUGUCAAAUAGUUUGUACAGUAUUGGGAUUAGUUAUUUUUUAAAUGUUUGAUAGAAUUCACUUAUGGAUCCAUCUGGCCCUGGGGACUUUUCUUAAGAAGUUCCUUGAUGGCUUGUUCAAUUUCUGUUUCUGGGAUGGGAUUAUUUAAAUAUUCUAUUUCCUCUUUUGUUAAUGAAGGCAAUUUAUAUUUUUGUAAAUAUUCGCCCAUUUCACCUAGAUUGUCAUAUUUAUUGCUAUAUAACUGGGAAAAAAUAGUUCUUAAUAAUUACCUUAAUUUCCUUUUCAUUAGAGGUGACAUCACCCUUUUCAUCUUUGGUAACUGUUAAUUUGAUUUUCUUCUUUUUUUAUUCAAUAAACCAGUACUUUAUUUGUUUUUUCAAAGUACCAGCUCCUAGUCUUAUUUAAUACUUCAAUAGUUCUUUUAGCUUCAAUUUUAUUAAUUUCUCCUUUGAUUUUUAGGAUUUCCAAUUUAAGUUUUUAUGUGGGGAUUUUUAAUAUGAUCUCUUUCUAAUUUUUUAAGUUGAAAGCCCAGUUCAUUGAUCUCCUACCUCUUUAUUUUGUUGAUAAAUUUUACAAGAUUACUGCUUUGGCUGUAUCCCAUAGGUUUUACUAAGUUGUCUUCUCAUUGUCAUUCUCUUUAAUAAGGUCCAUAAUGAUUUCUAUGAUUUGUUUUUUGACCAACCAGUUUUGAAGAAUUAGUUAAUUUAGUGGGAGAUUGAACUUUUAAGAGAGAAGAUGCCCCAUGAGCCAUUUUUGCUGCCUAGUUCCAAGCUCAAUCUGUGUAAAUUAGCAGAAGGCAAGGAGGGAAGGGCAGGUAGGAAAUUGCAUUGCCUUUCAAACUGGGAAAUUAGGACACUUGGGGAACUAUGUUCACAUUCCUUUCUUCCCCUAAAUAGCUCUGUGUGUACAUGUAUGUGAGUGAGAAAGAAAUGAAUUUGGUGCAGUUUGUACCCUUGAAAGUAGAGACAAAAGAUCAAAUUUUGAAAACUGUUUUCAACACUGAUAACCUGUGGAUCAAUUAUAGUCUAGUUAUUAGGAUGUAUAUGUUUGCAUGAACCUAUAUUUAUGUUUAGUUCUUUCAGUUCAUUGCUAUACUCAACUUCUUAUGAGAAAAUUCCCUUAGAUUGGCAGCUCCCCUAAUUUUUGUCUCAAGAGAAGUGCUUGGGACCCUGAGAGCUUAUAACUAGCCUGUGUUCUCAUAGCCAGUACAUGUAAAAUUCAGGAUUUUAACUCAGGUCUUCUGUCUCCAAAUGUAGCCCCUUUAUUUACUAUACUACAUGAUCUCUCUUGCUUACUGCUUUGAGUUAUUUUUUAUGUAUUUAUUUAAUUAAAUUCAAUUUAUUUAAUUUAAAUUUAAAUUCAAUUUAUUUAAUGUAAUAAAGAAAGCCAUGUAUUCUCUAGGCCUCCUUCAGUUAAAUGUAAAUUCUUGUAGGUCCUACCAAAUCUACUUAAAAAAAUAAAAACCUUCACCUUCCAUCUUAGAAUCAAUACUGUGUAUUGAUUCCAAGGUAUAAGAGUGGUAAGGGCUAGGUUAGGAAUGGGGGUUAAGAGACUUGUCCAGCAUCACACAGCUAAGAAGUGUCUGAUGCCAGAUUGGAAGUUAAGGCCUCCCAUCUCUAGGCCUGGCUCUGCCACCCUGCUGCCCCACAAAAUCAACUUUUAAGUAGAUUGUAAGUGGCUUGAAGACAGGAACAAUUUUGACUCUUGGGUUUGUAGCUCUAGUACUUAAGGUAUUCCCUGGCAAAUGUAAUAGGUAUUUAAUAAAAUGCUUUUGAAGGCUUGUGAUUCAGCGGAAAUCAUGUUGGAUUUGCCAUCUGUGGAUGUAGGUUCAAAACCCAGCUUCCUGACUGUGUGAUUAGUUUUCACCUUCCUUGGCUUCAUUUUGCUCAGAAGGAAAAUGAAAGACUUGGACCAAAUGGUCCUGGAAUCCCUUCCAGUGGUAGAUCUAUAAAAAGUACAGUUUUAGGGACCCCUCCCCUUUGGCCCCGCCCAAAUAUUCUAAAUGAGAAUCUGAAAGUUGGCCUCUUCUCUACUGAUCACUGAGAACAGGAGUUCCAUCAGUGAACACAACUACACUUUGAUUUGGCAAACAAGAUGGUGGAAAGAUGGUUGGAUUAAGUCCCUUUAAGACCGCUUUCAGAAAGGCCCUUCUUUUUCUUGGCGUUCAGGCUCCUGGUCUGUGAAAUUAGGGAGCAGGACAAGUUGGCCUUUGAGGUUUCAUUCAGCUUGAAAUUUGUAUUCCUAUGAAGUUGUAUAACCUACUUGGGCCUCAGUUUCUUGAUAUGUCAGUAGCAUCUGCUUCACAGGAUUGAUGUAGGGCUUUUCGGGGAGGUAAUAUGUGUCAAGUGCUUCACAAAUCUUACUUACAGAGGUCUAGAAACAUGGGUCAUUCAGCUUUCAUUAUUAUUAUUUUUCUGUGGAAAUUGAGGGGUUCUGAGUUCCCACUCUAGAUAUGGGAUUCCACACCCAAACCCUCUGAGGACCCCUUGCUGUGCUUGUGUUCUAUUCCGCCAUAGUUACAAGAUGCCUCAGGGGCGUGGGGGAAGGGCGCGUUACCAUGCAGAAGGUUGAGAACGUUGGGUGGGGCUCGAGGAGGCGUCCUUACGUCCACACCACGUCACAGUGUGGUGAUGGGAGGGGGAUGUGACGUGCGCAUCAACGGAAGAAGGCAUUGCUAGGCAGCUAUGCCUGGAGACCACAGACGCAUUAGGGGCCCGGAGGAGUCGCACCUCCCUGCCCUUUAUGCGCCUCCGGGGCAGGUGGAAGAGGUCCGGGCUCGGUCCUACAACCCUAAUCGAGACCCCCUGCGCCAGAGGCCUGUGUACGUGAGUGCCGGCCUCCUGAGCCAGGCCUGUGGCUCUGCCUACUUGGAGUCAGGGGACACCAAGGUCCUGGUAUCUGUGUGGGGCCCACGCCAAACUGAGGGAGGAGAGCCCUCGAUUGGGCUUCAAGGCCGGCUAAUAUGCGACUUCCGAAGGGCUCCUUUCUCAAGUCCGGGCCGCCGGAGACCCCCGUCGGGCAGCAGCGAGGAGAAGGAGCUGAGCCUGGCUCUUCAGGAGGCCCUUGGGCCAGCAGUUCAGCUGCAGCGCUACCCCCGAGCCCAGGUAGAAGUGUCGGCCUUGCUUCUCCAAGACGGAGGUUCAGCUUUGGCCGCUGGGGUUACGGCAGCAGGCUUGGCCCUGGCGGACGCUGGCAUCGAGAUGUACGACAUCGUGGUGGCCUGCGGCUUGAGCCUCCCCUGGGGUUUCGAUCCCAUCUGGCUCCUAGAUCCUAUUUUAUACGAAGAGCAGCAUACCGCCGCUGGCCUUACCGUAGCACUUAUGCCAGUGCGCAACGAAGUCACGGGCAUUUUGGGCAGUGGAGAGGGUCGCAGCAUCGAUUGCUGGGCAGAAGGCGUGCGACUCGGAAUAGAGGGCUGCCAGGGCCUUUACCCAACGCUUCAGAAUUGUCUAGUGAGGGCCACCAGGAGGCGGAGGGCAGAAGCCCAGUCCCUGAGCGAGGUGGAGAGGGAGCAUGCUGCCCAGCAUCGCCUGCCACCUCUACCACAUCCAGCAGCUCCAGCAGCUCUUUCAGCUCCACUAGCUCCAGCAAUUCCAGCAGCUCCUCCAGCUCAGCAGCCUCCCGCUGAGCCCAUGGAGUGAUCAGCCAGGCCAGAGCCUCCCACCGCUCCCAGGAAGUGGAAACACCAUCUUUCACCUUCUCACCCUGGCUGCACCUCUCUCUGAAGAUUUGACUCUCCACACGGGGAGUCAGAAGGUUUGUUUCACCCCUCCCCCUUUCAAUUACCACUCUUCUCAUUUCAAAGCAGAAUCAAGAAGAGACUUCACUCUCACCAGAAUUAUUGUCGUCAACACAGUCUCAAGCUCCUGGAAACCGAUGCAAGCUUACAAGUACCAUCUUGGAACCUCAUCCCUUUGGAAGGCUGCGACCCCACUAAGUACUGACCAUCACAGGCCCUCAAGAUCUGGGACUUUGUUCUCUCAGAAGACCUAGAGGACUGAGCAAAAUGGGCCUGGACAAAGGGAGGGAGGGAUAAGAGACUGAUUACCACCUUGGGAUGAUGGGGCUCUCCCCCUCACACACAAAUGACAGGUCUGCGAUUCAUUGAAGUGGUAUUUGUUUUCAAAAUGUUUAUUAAAAAGUUCUUGAAAAAUU